GGGAGGAAGGUUGGAGUAGUUCGGAUCCAUUCGGUGCGCGUAUGAGCACCGUGCGAACAGCGUCUAUCUCUUAUCUGCUUGACGGCGCUUGACGUCUCGUCUCCCCGCAGAGCACCGAUAGAGAGGCGCGGAUAUGGAGGAUGUCUGCCAUUACACCCGCAGCCCUGCUUGGGAGGAGCUGGAGCCGGAUAAAGGACUCGGGUCUGUGGCCAGAAUCCAUCCCCAUGUGGUGGGCGCUGUCUCCGUGUCUGGUGCCGCGGACGAGUCGUCUGACAGCGAAGUGGAGCAAGAGGGACCCCAAAAACUCAUCCGGAAAGUGUCCACUUCAGGGCAGAUCAGGAGCAAGACGAGCAUAAAGGAAGGAUUGUUGCUCAAACAGACCAGCUCCUUCCAGAGGUGGAAGAAGCGCUACUUCAAGCUCAGAGGCCGAACUUUGUACUACGCCAAAGAUGCCAAGUCGGGCAGUGCUCUGGCCCGCUGGCAGGAGCGAGCCCUGCGCCGGGCAUCCCGGAGCCGGGUGUGCUGGCGAGCUCUGUCAGUGUGCUGGACCGGAGCACGGCACUCCCCCCCACCUCUGGGUGCCAGCGGAUCUGAAGAGGGCCUAGUGAGAAUUCGGUCUCUUAUCUUUGAUGAGGUGGACCUGUCGGACGCCAGUGUUGCCGAGUCCAGCACCAAGAAUGUCAACAACAGCUUCACGGUGAUCACUCCUUUCCGUAGGCUCAUCCUCUGCGCCGAGAACAGGAAAGAGAUGGAGGACUGGAUCAGCUCGCUCAAAUCUGUCCAGUCCAGAGAGCAUUACGAGUUGCUGCCAACCUAUUCUCAACCUCUCCUUUGCCAGACGGCUCAAUUUAAUGUGGAACAUUUCUCAGGGAUGCACAACUGGUAUGCCUGCUCCCACGCACGGCCCACUUUUUGCAACGUCUGCAAAGAUAGCUUGUCUGGGGUCACGUCUCACGGCCUCUCCUGCGAAGUAUGUAAAUUCAAGGCCCACAAACGCUGUGCUGUUAGAGCCACUAACAACUGCAAAUGGACCACACUGGCCUCCAUAGGCAAGGACAUCAUUGAAGAUGAGGAUGGGAUUGCGAUGCCUCACCAGUGGCUGGAGGGCAACCUGCCCGUCAGUGCCAAGUGUGCCGUGUGCGAUAAGACAUGCGGCAGCGUGUUGAGACUGCAGGACUGGCGCUGCCUCUGGUGCAAAGCCAUGGUGCACACAGCCUGCAUGGACUUGUACCCUCGUAAAUGUCCUCUAGGUCAGUGCAAAGUGUCCAUCAUCCCACCAACGGCUCUCAACAGCAUCGACUCAGACGGCUUUUGGAAGGCCACUUGUCCCCCAUCCUGCGCCAGCCCUCUCCUGGUCUUCGUCAACUCCAAAAGUGGCGACAACCAAGGAGUGAAGUUCCUGCGGCGCUUCAAGCAGCUGCUCAACCCGGCACAAGUCUUCGACCUGGUCAACGGCGGCCCACACCUAGGUCUCCGCCUGUUUCAGAAGUUUGACAACUUCCGAAUUCUGGUGUGUGGUGGUGAUGGCAGUGUGGGCUGGGUGCUGUCAGAGAUUGACAAACUCAACCUACACAAGCAGUGUCAGUUGGGGGUACUGCCGCUGGGCACGGGCAACGACCUGGCACGUGUGCUGGGCUGGGGCCCAUCGUGCGACGACGACACGCAGCUACCGCAAAUCCUGGAGAAGCUGGAGCGAGCCAGCACGAAGAUGCUUGACCGCUGGAGCAUCAUGACCUAUGAGAUCAAGAUCCCGCCCAAACACAGCUGCCCGGCAACGCCUGAGGGCGCCGAAAGCUGCCAGUUUCACAUUUCUGCAUAUGAAGAUUCCGUGGCGGCUCAUCUCACCAAGAUCCUCAACUCUGAGCAGCACUCUGUGGUCAUCUCCUCUGCCAAAAUCCUGUGUGAAACUGUGAAGGAUUUUGUCGCCAAAGUGGGGAAAGCCUACGAAAAAAGCACAGAGAACACAGAGGAGUGUGACACCAUAUCUCUAAAGUGUGCCAUCCUCAAUGAGAAACUGGACUCCCUCCUCAGAACCCUCAAUGCAGAAUGCCCGAUUCUGCCUCCUCUACCCCACUCCACACCUCCAAUUGUGGAGGAGGAGCAGGAAGAAGAGGAGCUAGAGGGGGCGGGAGACGGGGAUGUUGAGGAGGUCGCCAGCGAGGAGAGCCUCACGGAGCUGAAGGAGAAACUGGAGGAGGAAGAGACAGAGAAAGGAAAUGGCGGCGGCAACAGCAGCACUUUCCCCGUCUUCAAAAGUCGAGAGCAGCUGAUGUUGAGAGCCAACAGUCUGAAGAAAGCGGUGCGACAGAUCAUAGAGCAGGCCGAGCGAGUGGUGGACGAGCAAAACACAAACAUGGACGACACAGAUCUGACGUCCUCGCUGGACUUCCGCAAGGACAGCGAAGAGGAGAACCGGGAAUGCGAGAAGGACGAGGACACCAAAGAGCUGGAGGCUGUACAGUCCAUCAAGAGUGUGUGUUCACCCACGGAGAGGCGGGUGAGCCGCAGCACACAGUCAUACAGUUCCUUCAGCAUCACACCGUUCACCACCAGCAAGGAGAACCUGCCUGUGCUCAACACACGCAUCAUAUGUCCUGGACUGCGGGCAGGUCUGGCAGCCUCCAUAGCAGGAAGUUCCAUCAUUAGCAAGAUGCUGCUGGCCAACAUUGACCCCUUUGGUGCCACCCCCUUCAUUGACCCAGACCUGGACUCACUCGAGGGCUACAUGGAAAAAUGCGUGAUGAACAACUACUUUGGCAUCGGCCUUGACGCUAAGAUCUCCUUGGAGUUCAACAACAAGCGAGAGGAGCAUCCGGAAAAAUGCAGGAGUCGCACGAAGAAUAUGAUGUGGUACGGCGUUCUAGGAACAAAAGAGCUUCUUCAGAGAACUUACAAGAACCUGGAACAGAAGGUUCAGCUGGAGUGUGACGGCCAGUACAUCCCCCUACCCAGCCUGCAAGGCAUCGCUGUCUUGAACAUUCCCAGCUACGCGGGCGGGACCAACUUCUGGGGCGGCACCAAGGAGGACGAUAUUUUCUGCGCGCCAUCUUUUGACGACAAGAUCCUGGAGGUGGUGGCUGUGUUUGGCAGCAUGCAGAUGGCAGUUUCAAGGGUCAUCAAGCUGCAACAUCAUCGCAUAGCGCAGUGCCGGACAGUGAAGAUCACUAUACUAGGCGACGAGGGCGUUCCCAUCCAAGUGGAUGGUGAAGCAUGGAUCCAGCCACCUGGAGUCAUCAAGAUCCAGCACAAGAACAGAGCCCAGAUGCUCACCAGAGACAGGGCCUUUGAGAACACGCUCAAGUCGUGGGAGGACAAGCUGAAGUACGACAAGCCUCCUCUGCGGCCUCACCUCUAUCCGCAGCAGUCUGUGGACCUGGCAACAGAAGAAGAGGCUGCCGUGGUGCAGAUGUGUGCCCGCGCCGCAGAGGAACUCAUCACUAGGAUAUGUGAGGCUGCAAAGACCAACGGGCUUUUAGAGCAAGAGCUGGCACAUGCUGUCAAUGCUGCAUCGCAUGCCAUCAACAAGACACAUCCCAAGUUCCCUGAGAGUCUGGCCAGGAACACUGCCAUAGAGGUGGCCAGCACCGUCAAGGCUCUGUACAACGAGACGGAAUCGCUUCUUGUGGGUCGAGUGUCUCUGCAACUGGACCCACCAGAGGAGGAGCAGCUGUCCAACGCGCUACAGAGUCUGGAGCUAGAACUCGGCAAACUGGGAGAGAUUCCAUGGCUCUACCAUAUUCUGCAGCCCAAUGAUGAGGAGGUUGACUGUGCUUGUGUACCAGGACCCCUCUCUGGGUUACGGCAAGAGGAACAGUCGCGGUGGCGUCUUUCGCAUAGUGCCCAAGUUCAAGAAGGAGAAGGCAGCCAAGAAGACCAGCCCUCAGUCAGUGGACAGAUGGGGCACAGAAGAGGUGGGCGUCUGGCUGGAGCAGCUGAGUCUGGGGGAGUACCGGGACACUUUCAUCCGACACGACAUCCGAGGCUCGGAGCUGCUGCACCUGGAGAGGAGGGACCUGAAGGAUCUGGGGAUAUCGAAAGUGGGUCAUAUGAAGAGAAUCCUCCAGGGAACUAAGGACCUGGCCAAGGCCUCCAUGGUUGACCUUUAACCCUUCUCGAGAUAGGGGGUUCCACUGACAUCCCUUGGAGAAGAUGUGGUGAGCCGCUGCAGUGCCAAAGUGAUGAGGAAGCGGAGGAAAAGUGCCAGAAAGGAUCCGGUUGUUUAUCACAAGAAGCCAUUUUACGACAGUUAACAUCCAUAUCUCACACACACACACACACACUCUAACAGGUAUGCAAUCAACCACACUGCAGACAGUGGAUUUGUUGUCUGACUUGUUAUGACAAAUUAGUAGCAAAACCAGGACUUCCAUGAACUUGUUCCGCUUGAUAUUGUGUUUUUAAAAAAAAGGAGCUUCAGGAAAAGGGAAGUUUCCUAAAGAUUGUGGUGCUUUGUUCCACGCUAUGCUUGCUCAACUUAAAUAUUUCAAGGUUUUAAACUGCAUGAUUUUUAGUGUCUUAAACAAAGUUAUGUUGUGACGUAAACACUUGAACAAGUUAAGUAUUAACCAAUGACGACGCCAUUCGUGACUACUGAGACAUGCGCCCUCUCCACUGCAAGGGAGCUUUUUAUAUGUUUGUAUUUAUUUUGCUUAGCAUGACGAUGACAUGUUAAGAGAUGUUGUGUCCAGUGCCAUAGUGUUUUUUAUUAGUGUAAACAUGAGCUCUAUAUAGGAGAAUGAUGUAAGAAGCCUUUCAUACGAUACUGGGGGGCGGGGGGUGUUCCAAUUAAGCCAUCAAAGUGAAUGUUCGACAAAUUGCCAUUAAUCAAGGGACAACAAUUAGCAUUCAUUCAUUCAUUCAUUUUCUACCGCUUUUUCCUCACGAGGGUCGCGGGGGGUGCUGGAGCCUAUCCCAGCUGUCUUUGGGCGAGAGGCGGGGUACACCCUGGACUGGUCGCCAGCCAAUCACAGGGCACAUAUAGACAAACAACCAUUCACACUCACAUUCAUACCUGUGGACAAUUUGGAGUCACCAAUUAACCUAGCAUGUUUUUGGAAUGUGGGAGGAAACCGGAGUACCGGGAGAAAACCCACGCAUGCACGGGGAGAACAUGCAAACUCCACACAGAGAUGGCCGAGGGUGGAAUUGAACCCUGGUCUCCUCGCUGUGAAGUCUGCACGCUAACCACUUGACCGCCGUGCCGCCGCCCCAUUUGUCCACAUAUUUCCUCAAAUAGUGGCCUACUUUCUAACAGUUGCCAUUCCUACUAGUAGGUGGUGUCAUUUGUUUUAAAAAAUGAAACUCCACAUCUCAACUAGACACCUUGAGAAAGAAAAUAACUGAUGCUCGCACUAGGGGGCAGUCAUUACCUUUGCUGAUUUUUUUUUUAGCUGUUACUGUUCUGUAUGAACAGCACCAACACUGAUUGGGGGACAAAGUUGACCUGACAAUUCAAAUAUGCUAGUAUCCAUCCCAGAUACCAAAAAGCUGAGACUGGGAUUGUACAAUUUGUCCACCUUUUAGGAGUACUAGCCCCCUUUAAAUUGUCAAUUUUUCCUGGCCUUUACCUGUGUUGAUACUGUUUGUACAGAACAGCAUGGCUCACCCAGCUAUUGUACAGCUUCAGAGAGUAGCCCCUUUCAAAUCGUCUGUAAAAGACAGAUUUUAGACAAAAGUCAUUUUCCCAAGUCCCUCUUCUGUAAGAAACAGCACCCACAUAACACAGAGGCCAUGUUGAAAGCAAUUGUUGACCUGACACGUAUUUUACACUUCAUAACAGACUUCACCGAAUCGCUGUGUGAGUAGCUUAUACCACCAUCUGUUAUGAGGGUAUCUGUAAAGCUGAAGUUUAGGGUGUCCGCCACUGAUUGAACCGAAUGAGAACAUUCAUUCAUUCAUUCAUUUUCUACCGCUUUUCCUCACGAGGGUCGCAGGGGGUGCUGGAGACUAUCCCAGCUGUCUUUGGGCAAGAGAUGGGGUACACCCUGGACUGGUGGCCAACCAAUCACAGGGCACAUAUAGACAAACAACCAUUCACACUCACAUUCAUACCUAUGGACAAUUUGGAGUCGCCAAUUAACCUAGCAUGUUUUUGGAAUGUGGGAGGAAACCGGAGAAAACCCACGCAUGCACGGGGAGAACAUGCAAACUCCACACAGAGAUGGCCGAGGGUGGAAUUAAACCCUGGUCUCCUAGCUGAGAGGUCUGCGCACUAACCACUAGUCCACCGUGCCGCCCCAAAUGAGAACAAUUUUUAAAAAAUCUCUCCCCUAAAUGACACCUGGCACUCUCUGCAAUUAAGUAAAUAAAUGCUGGCUGAGGCCACUAAAUGCGGAAAUAUAUACACAUAUAUAUAUUUUUAAGAAACAUUCUGCAAUAUUCAUGUACAUAUAAAUCCGUAUUUCACGGUAAGACUUCUCUGGCAAAUGAUGACAUUUCCACCACUGUAUGUAAACACUAAUGAAAGCGGAGCGCCGUUUGUUAGCCUACAGUAUGGGCAUGCAGCUUGGUUUUGUUUUUCCUUUUCACUUGAUCUAAGUAUUGCUCCCGGUGGCAUUACAGGGUUUAUUAUUUCUAUAUCUUGAUGCUGAAGUAUGUAUUUGUAUGAAUAUCUAUAUGCACUGUCUGUAAAGUAUAGCAGUGUAUGCAAACACUAUAAGUGUUAAGUGGCAUGCAUGCAAUGUAAUGCAUUAGACAGCGUGACUUUGUACACUGAUGACGACAAGGCUGUCGUCACGGAAUGAUGGUGCAAUAUUUGACCUUGUUUUUUAUAUCUACACACUCUCUCUCUCUCUCUGUGGGGAAACUGUUGUUUUUUUUUAAAUAUAUUUCGUAAAUUAGCACACAGACUGCUUUUCCCCCUGCACGUUUUUUUUCCAGAGGUGCUUCCAUGAUGAUCCACUGAAAUAGGAUUGCUUCAGUGAAUAAGAGUGGCCUGGCAGUUUAGUCAUGAUUUGUAUUGUUAUGUGUAUGUGCACUACAAUAGCCAAACAUUUUUAAUUAUGCUUAAUUUCUCUAAUCUCUUAUGGAAAUCUUCCCUAAAAGCUGAAUAUUCAGUGCUUAACACAAUGGAACAUAUCCUAAACUAUUAAGAAUGUAAGUUAAUUCAGGGGCCAAAUUAAUUUAAGUUAUGUUGCGUAAUAGCUUUAUGUGGACAAUAACCCAUUUCACACAGCCCUUGUGAUGCAUGUUCUGUACAGUGUUGUUGGGGGGGGGGGUUGGCAAAACACUAAAAAUUAUUUUCAAAUUGCCCAAAACAAGUCAGAUAUCUAGGCCGGUUCCUGUGUCAGUGGUGCCGUUUAUACAGCACAGUAUUGUUGAGCUGGCAUUUUUCCAGCUUCCAAGGCAGUAUCGCUGGUCAUAUUUGCCAGUAAACUGUGUCUGAUGAUAUUUUUUCUACGCAGAACACAGGUCACAUUAAAAUUUUGCGUCAUAGUUUGGAUCCCAACAUGGGCCAAAAAUCUCAUUCUUCAAUUCAAGUCCCCUUCAAUAUUUACAGGAACUUUUAUUAUCAAAAUAUCCCCCCCUGCAUUGCUAAUUUUACCUCAAAUCAGUCAGAAUUGUGAUGCAUUUCUAGCCAAAGACUAAAUUCUGCAUAACAGUUAGAGCAUUGCUGUAGUUCUAGUGUUGCACAUGAAUUCACUUUAAAAUGCCAUUUGUGUAUCCAAAGUAGGGUUUGUCAUCCUUCAUUUCAAGGCAUCCCCGGAAGCUGCUACCUUUGUGUUUUUGUUUCCCUCCUCCUAAUGGGUCUAUAAAUAAGGCUGCAAACUGCCAUUUUUUUUUUUUUUUUU